AGAUGGCAUCAGUGAAGCUGGAAGACUGCAGUCAAACACUGGAGCUGAAUGCCAACAUUAAAGAUGACGAAGAGGAGGAGAAGAUUGGGAAAUCUGUUUCUCAUGGAGACCACAUUGAAACAUUCUCUACAUCCAGAGAGCAACAGCAGGAAGAUCACAGAGCUAAGAGGUCUCACCACUGCCCACAUUGUGAGGAGAUUUUCCCAAUUCUAUCAAAGCUAAAAAUACACCAAAAGAUACACACAGGACAUAAUCUGUAUUCCUGUACUGACUGUGGGAAGAGAUUCACAACAUCAGGGAAUCUGACGGUUCAUCAGAGACUGCACACUGGAGAGAAGCCUUACUCCUGCUCUGACUGUGGGGCGAGUUUCUCUCGACUGGGCCACUUAAAAACACAUGAACAUAUACAUACAGGAGUGAAGCCUUACUCCUGCUCUGAUUGUGUAAAAUGCUUCACAACAUCAGCUGAGCUAAAAGUUCACCAGAGAACACACACAGGAGAGAAGCCUUUCUUCUGCUCUGACUGUGGAAAGAGUUUCUCUCAACUUUCCCACUUAAAAACACAUGAACGUAUACAUACAGGAUUGAAGCCUUACACCUGCUCUGACUGUGUAAAAUGCUUCACAACAUCAGCUGAGCUAAAAGUUCAUCAGAGAACACACACAGGAGAGAAGCCUUUCUUCUGCUCUGACUGUGGAAAGAGUUACUCUGUACUGUGCAACUUAAAAACACAUGAACGUAUACAUACAGGAGUGAAGCCUUACUCCUGCUCUGACUGUGGAAAGAGUUUCUCUCGACUGGACAUCUUAAAAACACAUGAAAGUAUACAUACAGGAGUGAAGCCUUACUCCUGCUCUGACUGUGUAAAAUGCUUCACAACAACAGCUGAGCUAAAAGUUCACCAGAGAACACACACUGGAGAGAAACCUUACUCCUGCUCUGACUGUGGAAAGAGUUUCCCUCUACUGAGAACCUUAAAAACACAUGAACAUAUACAUACGGUAGUGAAGCCUUAUUCCUGCUCUAAUUGUGGAAAGAGUUUUUCUCAACUGGGCCACUUAAAAACACAUGAACGUAUACAUACAGGGGAGAAGCCCUACUCCUGCUGUGACUGUGUAAAAUGCUUCAAAACAUCAGCUGAGCUAAAAGUUCAUCAGAGAACACACACAUCAGAGAAGCCUUGCUCCUGCUCUGACUGUGGGAAGAGUUUUUCUCGACUGGACCUCUUAAAAACACAUGAACGUAGACAUACAGGAGUGAAGCCAUACUUCUGCUCUGACUGUGUAAAAUGUUUCACGACAUCAGCUGAGCUAAAAGUUCAUCAGAGAACACACACAGGAGAGAAGCCUUACUCCUGCUUUGACUGUGGAAAGAUUUUCUCUCAACUGGGCCACUUAAAAACACAUGAACGUAUACAUACAGGAGUGAAGCCUUACACCUGCUCUGACUGUAUAAAAUACUUCACAACAUCAGCUGAGCUAAAAGUUCACCAGAGAACACACACAGGAGAGAAGCCAUACUCCUGCUCUGACUGUUGAAAGAGUUUCUCUUGAAUGUGUCAGUUAAAAAGACACCAAGGUAAACAGAGAGAAGCCUUAGCACUGAUCUGACUGUAGAAAAUUGUUUAAAACAACAGCUGACCUAAAAGGUCAUCAGAGAACAGACACAGGAGAGAAGCCUUAAUUCUGCUCUUAAUGUGGCAAGAGUAACUCAAGUGAAAGUCACCAAGUAAAAUACUACUUGAGUUAAAUUCUAAGUAUUUGGUUGUAAAUAGACUUAAGUAUCAAAAGUAAAAGAAUGAAUAAUUUCAAAUUCCUUAAAUUAUCCUCUCCGUCAGGGGUGGGCAUUUCCAGUCCUCGAGGGCCUGAUUGGUGUCACAGUUUUGCCCCAGCCCCAGCUAACACAGCUGACUCCAAUUAUCACCUUAAUCAUGAUCUUCAGUUUAGAAUGUAAUUAGAUUAAUCUGUUGUGUUUGCUAGGGAUGGAGAAAAGUGUGUCACCAAUCAGGCCCGAGGACUGGAGUUGCCCACCCCUGCUCAACGGGAUGGGUGUCCCUAAACCGGGACGGUUGUUGCUAACGUGAUCUAAUGUGACUAGAAUGACGUUGUAUACAACAGACGACUUUCCGGGACAUAGACCUGUCUUAUAUGGGCAGAAAGCUUAAAUUCUUGUUAAUCUAACUGCAGUGUUCAAUUAACAGUAGCUAUGAAAGUGAAAAAAAGAUCAUGCUAUUGUUUGAGGAGAGUGCACAACAACAAAAAAUAUCCAAACAUCAUUGCCAAUCAGAUGCGUCCCUUCAUGGCAGCACUGUAUGCAUCUGCAAAUAGACUUUUUCAGCAGGAUUAUGCCUUGUGCCACCCGGCUUGUCCAGUAAUGGUUCCAAUAACAUUACACUGAAUUCACUGUAAUUGUGCAUCUGUGGGAGGAGAUGGAACGAGCUAUUCAGAGUAGAUCCACUCCCAGCCAACUUGACACAAUAAAGCAUUUGGAGUCAACAUGGACCAGCAUCCCUGUGGCACGCUCUCAACACCUUGGACAGUCUAUGUACUGAUGCAUUGAGACUGUUCUGAGGACAAAGGGGGGUGCUACUCAAUAUUAGGCAGGUGUUCCUGAUGUUUUGUACUCAAUGUAUAUCAGAUAAAGAUGGUGUGAUGAUCAGUUUUUAGCAUUAGUUUGGGUGGAUUAUUUUAUAUUACUAAACAACUUUUGUUUAAUGAUAAACAAGCAAUGAAUCGAGUACUUGUGUUUAAUAAACUGUAUUUUAAUACUAGAUUCAUUAUUUUAGUCAUUGAUGAUGAAUGUAUUUGAAUAACUGUAUUGAAUAUAAUUGAUCUGGUGGCAGGUAGCCCAGCGGUUAAGAGUGUUGGGCCAGUAACUGAAAAGUUGCUGGUUUAAUCCCGAGCUGACUAGGUGAAAAAUCUGUCGUUGUGCCCUUGAGCAAGGCAAUUAACCCUUAUUUGUCCUAUAAGUUGUUCUGGAUAAGAGCAUCCGCUAACUGACAAGAAUGUAAUGAAAAAUAAUGUUUGUACAUGCAUGUUUUUCUCUCUUGUGUAUAAUUCAAUGAAAUAAACUGUUUGAAGUGAAA